AUGUUCGCAAAAGCAGCCGAGAGCGAUCGCCUUGUGGCAAUCAAACUUGCUCAGCUCAAGGAGUUGGCGGCUGGCAUGACGUUUCGACCCGCCACCCCCAAGAACCCAACGACCCCGGAGAAGUCAUACGACUACUCAGAAUGGAGCCCUACGCCUAUCACUAUCUCAAUCGACUUCGAACCGACUGUCUUUGCUUCGGACGCUUCCUUCUCUUACACUCGUUCACCUACGCACUCACCUGUACUGGCCCUUCCUUCUGCCGUUGCUGAGUGGAACCAUCCUGAUUCUGCUUCUACUUCUGCUUCUGCUUCUACAUCCUCUCUUUCUACUGUUGCCGAGUCGGAUCCUUCUUCUUCUGCUUCUGCGUCCUCUCCUUCUCCUGCUUCCCCCUCUCUCCUAGACGAGGACAUCAAGGCCUUGCAACGGUUUGCUCGGAACGUUCAAUCCAACAUUCUUUCCAAGUCAGGCAAGUCACUCCCUCCUUCAUGGGAACCUCCCUCUUUCACAGGUCCCUAUCUCGCUCCUUCUUCACCGCGUCCUCCGUCUCCUCCUCCCCCUCGUCCUAAGCGAGUUGUUCGAAUCAGUCGGCGUACGAACCGUCUCCUCCGCUGA